CCUCGUAAUUCCUCGUGAUAUAUGUACGAUCUUUCUUCAUACGACACAAUCUACAUCUUGCAUAAUUACUUGCAAGGACGAUCAUACAUUAGUUCAGCAACUGUAACAUAAAUCAUGGUUCGAAACCUCAGCCGAUUUUAAAAUACAGAGAGCAGUUCAUCUUCCGGUACUAAAGAAACACACGAGUCUUUCAUUAAAUCUGCAAAGAUAAAUGGGGCCAAUACGACGAAGUUAAAUAAAACAAACAAUUUUAUCAGCAAUAUUAGAGAACACAUUGCCUCCGGGGGUUAUCUUCGUGAUUUCGCGUUGCUUUCGGCCACUAGUUGUAAGACCAGCUGGUCGAGACCAUCGAAUCUAUUUAAUCGUAUGUUUUCCUCGCUGGGAAAUCGAUUAAUUCACGGAGUAGCCGUUCGAGAGUAAAGAUCGAUCCUGCGUGCGCAACAUCACUCUUUGAACAAAAUUCUUCUUCUUUCUCCGUGCAACUAGGAUACCAUGGCUCAGCGAAUGAUAUGCAUUGAAGACUUCGAGAAAUAUGCUACUACACAUUUAACACCUUCCGUGAGAGAUUAUUACAAUUCAGGAGCAGGCGAACAAUUUAGCUUGAAACUAAACACAGAAGCUUUUAAGAAAUACAGAAUAAGGCCAAGAUUUUUACGGAAUGUUUCUCGAAGGGACUUAAGUACCACGAUUUUAGGUGAAAAGAUCACGCUGCCAUUGGGAGUUGCACCAGCGGCUAUGCAACGUAUGGCGCAUCCGGAAGGCGAAUGUGCAAAUGCUAGAGCUGCUCAAGGAGCUGGUACUAUCUACAUACUUUCAACGAUAUCAACAAGUAGCAUUGAGGAAGUAGCCGAAGCUGCGCCGAAAGCAAUAAAGUGGUUCCAGUUAUAUAUAUACAAUGACCGUAAAGUUACCAUAAAUUUAGUUUCACGAGCAGAGCGCGCUGGGUUUAAAGCUCUCGUGCUUACCGUCGAUGCACCGCUCUUUGGUGAUAGACGAGCUGACAUUAGGAAUAAAUUUUCUCUUCCAAACCAUUUAAGAUUAGGGAAUUUUCAGGGAGAAUUAUCAAGUAAAAUAAACAGUGCCGAGUCGGGUUCUGGUUUGAGCGAAUAUGUUAUGAAUCUGUUCGAUGCUUCCUUAACAUGGGAUGAUAUCAAAUGGCUCAAAAGUAUUACAAAGUUGCCAAUAGUUUUGAAGGGAAUUCUUACCCCACAAGAUGCACUGUUAGCUAUCGAAAAUGGAGUUGCAGCCAUCAUUGUCUCCAAUCAUGGGGCCCGACAAGUUGACAGUAUUCCAGCAACGAUCGAAGCGUUGUCAGAAAUAACGAAAGCCGUAAACGGUAGAAUAGAAGUCUAUAUGGAUGGAGGUGUGAGGCAAGGGAUCGAUGUUCUUAAAGCACUUGCUUUGGGCGCGAAAAUGGUAUUUGUUGCUCGACCCAUGUUGUGGGGUCUAGCUUAUGGCGGUGAACGCGGUGCGAGAGAAGUUCUUGAAGUUUUUAGGAAGGAAAUUGAUGUCGCAUUUGCAUUGACAGGCUGUGCGAGCGUUAAUGACGUAAACAAAGACAUGGUGCAACACGAAUCUUAUUACAGUCAUUUGUAAUAAGAAGAUAUGACGUAUAAUUAGAUUAAUUAUAAGUUCACUUGAAAACCAAUUACUUCAUCAUCAAACGUAAUUUUUAAGGUUAUCAUAGAAUUAUUUAAAUAUAACUUGAUAAUUAUUUCAAGCUUAUUUUAAAAGACACAUUUUCACU